AUGUCUUCGCCGGCCACACCCAAUGGCUCGCAGCAAGAUUUGGCAGACGAGCAGCCACAGGCGCCUCCCGUCUUCCACAACUUCCUACGUGCUUUCUACCCUUUCCACCCCAGCUAUUCCGUGUCAGAUUCCAGCGUAACAUUACCGCUGAGUGAGGGCGACGUAAUCCUGGUACAUUCUAUUCACACCAAUGGAUGGGCGGACGGGACGCUGCUACUUACCGGAGCAAGAGGCUGGCUUCCGACAAAUUAUUGCGAAGCCUACGACCCGGAGGAGAUGCGAAAUCUUCUCAAGGCCCUAUUGAACUUUUGGGACUUGCUACGCAGCACGUCCGUCAACGACAGCGAGAUCUUUGGGAACCAGGAGUUCAUGAAGGGUAUCAUUGCUGGUGUGCGAUGCCUUUUGGAACGGACAGACUGCUUGACUCGCGAGUCGGCCAUUAUUCAGCGCCACGAGGGCCUUCGCCGGGGAAGGAAAUCCCUCCUCUCUGAGUUGUCGUCGCUGGUGAAGACGGCGAAACGACUCCAAGAAACCCAAAGAGGGAUGCUGCAUUCGGCCGAGGACGUCAAUGACAUCGUCGACGAGAUGAUUUUGAAAGCCUUCCGGAUUGUCACCAAGGGUGUUCGCUUUCUGGACGUCCUCGAGGAGGACCGGAGCUUACGUGCACCCGCCGCCGUAACGGUUAUGGACACCGUUGUGGAGGAAUCCCACGUUCCCCCGACGCCACCAGCUGAUUUGAUGGGAUUUGAGGAGCAGUCCAAUGCCAGCGAUGUGUCUUCCCGGGCGGAUGCAAGCCAGGCGUCGAGCGACCUGGUUUUGCCUUGCAUGAGCGACGUCGCACAUGCAGCGAACGCGCCGGUGAACAAGCGCUUGUCAUCCAUCACUACUAUGUCCGCCAGCCCGACCUCACACCGCCUGUCUCAGAAUAUCAACCGACUCUCCGGGAUCUCGCACCGCGUCUCGCUAGCCGGCCCGCCCCCCCUCUCCAGGCCGCAGCACCUAGUCUCGGAACGGCUCAACAAGAGUCACGAUGCUUUCUUGUCCCACCUGGGCUCUUUCAUCGGACGUCUGCACCUGCAGUCCCAAUCUCGUCCCGAGUUGGCUUUCGCCAUCAAACUCACCGCCACCUCGGGAGGGGAUCUCUUGGCCGUUAUCGAUGUCGUGUGCAGUAACACGAGCAGCUCCGACAUGCUGCCGCGCGCAAGGGAUUCUAUGUUCGAUAGGAUCCAGGAUCUUGUGUCUUCUGCUGGCCAGAUCAUCCACGAUGCCGCUUCCCAAGAAGAAGACGUCAUCAUGCAGCAGGAUAAUGGUGUGCUUCUACUCGCAGCCACCGGGUGUGUUAAGGCGGCUGGCGAGUGCGUUGCGAAGACCAAGUGGGUCAUUGAACGCGUGGGAGACUUUGAAUGCGAGGUGGAAAGUGGCUCUCUCGGAAUCGACCUGUCCGUUCUGGACGUGCCAUUCGAGCGACGCCCAUCCGUCGCCACGUCUGUUGCCGGAAGCACGGCUUCCCAAGCUACCAGCGUCGCAGGAUCCUGCCGCACUGUUGAAUCAUGCAGCUCGGGGGUACAACGCCUUCGGACCUCGAGCACUGACAAGCCCCUUCCGGAGCUUCCGCAGGUCACCAGCCCGGUCGUCGACGAAACCCCUGAUCUUCCUCCACAGCAGGAGUCACCUCCAAACACGCGGCCGUCUUCUCUCCUCCACGACGAGAGCCUUUCCAGCACGGUUUCGUCGGUGUCGUCCCUCCGACCGACGCUCCCCCCUCUCCCCAAAUUAUCCACAUCUCUCCUUCCUGGCGAGGACUAUAGCCCCGUGGAGAAGGCCAACCAAGACACCGACUUCCAGUCCUCGUUCCAGUCAGAACCGGGCACCGUGUCUAGCGCCGGGAGCAGUGCGACCUACCACAGCCGCGACUCUGAAUCGAGCCUUGUGUCGCAGACGUCAACGCGGGCUACGACGCCCGAUCACACGAUGGGGCCUAAGAACAAGCCGUCCAUGUCCGAACUGAGCAAUGGCGGCAGCUCCACACAGGCCGAAGAGGUGGACGACGUCGAAUGCAAGUUGCUCGAAAAGACGUAUGCGUACGAGCUCAUGUUCAACAAGGAGGGCCAAGUCACAGGCGGCUCUAUCCCGGCGCUCGUCGAGCGGCUCACGACUCACGAGUCGACGCCCGAUGCGACGUUCGUCUCGACUUUUUACCUUACCUUCCGCCUCUUCUGCACGCCUGUUCAGCUCGCCGAGGCGCUCAUUGACCGCUUCGACUACGUGGUCGAAUCACCCCACAUGGCGGCGCCGGUCCGGCUUCGCGUGUAUAACGCGUUCAAGGGCUGGCUCGAGACGCACUGGCGGGACGAGACGGACCGGGAAGCCUUGGACCUCAUCGAACCCUUCGCUGAGCACAAGCUCAGCUCGGCUCUUCCGUCGGCCGGGCGUCGGUUGCUGGAACUCGCGCAGCGGGUUUCGAGCGAGGGCUCGCUGGUACCCCGGAACGUGUCGUCCAUGGGCAAGACCAACACAUCCAUUGCACAAUACGUGCCUGCAGAAACACCGCACCCGGCCGUCAGCCUGUCCAGGAGCCAAGUGAACGCACUCCAGGGCUGGAAGAAUGGCGGCACCAUGCCCAGCGUUCUCGACUUUGAGCCCCUCGAGUUGGCGCGCCAACUCACAGUCAAGCAGAUGACGAUCUUCUGCGCCAUUCUGCCGGAGGAACUACUCGCGUCGGAGUGGAUGAAGAAGGGCGGGGUGGGUGCUCCCAACGUCAAGGCGAUGACGGCCUUCUCGACGGAUCUGUCGAACCUCGUGGCGGAGACGAUCCUUCAGCAUUCCGAGGUCAAGAAGCGAGCGACGGUCAUCAAGCAGUGGAUCAAGAUUGCGCAUCAGUGCUUCGAGUUGCACAACUACGAUGGUCUCAUGGCCAUCAUCUGCAGCCUCAACAGCAGCACGAUCAGCCGGCUCCGCAAGACGUGGGACAUGGUCUCCCCUAAGCGGCGAGACAUGCUCCGGCAGCUGCAGGCUGUGGUCGAGCCGUCCCAGAACAACAAGGUCCUCCGAGGCCGGCUUCACGACCACGUCCCCCCCUGCCUUCCUUUCCUCGGCAUGUAUCUGACUGAUCUCACAUUCGUCGACAUUGGCAACCCUGCUACCAAGCAGCUCCAGAGCGCGGGCUGCGGCGACGGGGCGGAGGAGAACGGAGCGGGCGGUCGGACGGUGGUCAAUUUUGACAAGCACACGCGGACGGCCAAGAUCAUCGGCGAACUCCAACGGUUCCAGAUCCCGUACCGACUGACGGAGGUGCCGGAACUGCAGGAAUGGUUGGAAGCGCAGGUUGUAGGGGUCCGAGACGGCGACCAGGGCAACGUGCAAGUCAGCUACUACCGAAAGAGCCUACUGCUGGAGCCACGCGAGGCGGCGCCGCGGACGCCGAUCGAGGGACCCAGCGGAGGCAGCGGGCAGCGGACCGGCGAUUUGUUUGGGUGGAUGACCCGAGACCGAGGGAUAGCCCCUGUGAUGGUCUAA